AUGGAAACCGAUAAUCCUGAAAGCUCUCAUCAUUUUCCUGACGAAACAAUCCGAACACCUCUAAUAAACGCUCGCUAUAUGGCAGAACUUAUCCAAAGGCCUGUCACUCCGAAGCAUCGUGGUUCUAGUAUUGGGCCAGGUCCGUCAGUGCCCCGGCCCGCCUUCCGCACACCGACUGCAAGCAGAACUAUCAGGCAAUCCCGAGGCGGCGAGACGGCUCCAUUAACGCCGCAUGCUCUGCGCGCUCUGGAGAAACGCCGCGCAGCAGCACUAACUCCAGGGCGUGCAAGACGGCGGAGCGGUUUUGUCCAGAGAGAGACGCCUCGGGAUUCUCUACGUACGCUCAGUAAACUUCUUGCGCGGAGUACCAAACCAAUCGAGCCAUCGCCCAAGCCCCCUAAUCUUCGCACUGAAGAGGGACUGCGAUUACACAUCCCGGAGGAGUUCGAAAAGGAAGCAGAUCCUCCAAAACCAAGAGUCUCUUUGCCUCUCGGCGAAGAUGAUGAUGAUGAUGACGAUGAUGACGACGAACCUUUACCCCCUCCUCCACAACUCUCCAGCGAGUUUGAUGAUGAUAAUUAUACGAUCCAGUCCGUCGAACAACCAAGGAGAGCUGCCAGCGAGCAGCCGUUUGGCCGACUGUCAAGGGCGAGCUUUGGAAGCCUCCGUCUGAGCGAUCGAUUCGCCGAUUUGGAUGAUCUCAGCCCUGGCUUCGGGCCCGGCGAAGACGAAAAUAUGGAAAUGUUCCAGCUGCGCUCAGAGGAGAUACUAGAUAGCGACCCACAAUACAGUGAUUUUCAAAAUAUGGGCAUGGACGAUUCUCUGCCCUUGAGAGAUAGUCCUCUGGGAACAAGGAUCGUGCAAGCCCCACGUUCCAGCGACAUUAUUCCGGCAAUCGUCCCGGACGGCGACGAACCCAGCUUUGCCUUUGAGCUCGAGCAACUUCCGGCUGAGGAUUUCCCGUUUAACAAUGCAGAAGAAGAGUCCGAGGCGGAAGAUAACGCUGCAGGCGUCAUUGUGCCAACGCCAGAGAUUCCAAAUGUUGGAAGGAAAACUCGGCCAAUUCGGAUGAAAAGGCCGUUGAAGGUCUCUAAGUACGGACUAGAGUAUCCCCCUUUACCGCCAACUCUUGUGAGAAAGCUAGCUUCUACAUUCUCUCGGGUGAACGGUAGCUCCAGGGUGGGAAUAGACAAGAAAACUCUAGAUGCAGUCGUGCGCGCCAGCGAUUGGUUUUUCGAGCAAAUUAGCGACGACUUGGGAGCAUACGCAAAUCAUGCCGGCAGGAAAACAAUCGAUGAUACUGAUAUGGUUACAUUAAUGAAACGGUAG